AUGUAUGUUUUUAAUAGCUGCCCGAAAACUGAACUUAAAUAUAUUGAAGCGAUUGCCCGUCGUGAAUAUACGUCUACAUAUUUACGAACGCUCGAAAGCGAUACCUUAGGACUAGAUUCAUUUAUUCCUGACUUCAAUAGUUUAGAAUCAAAACGUGAUCAAUAUAUAAGUGACAGUGCUAUAUUGGACCAAGAGAUCAAGUCGGUUUUGACUUCAAGAAUUGGAGAAUAUUUAAAAAACCUCACGGUGUUGCAAAUUGAAAAUCCACUAUUGAUGGCCAAUUAUUCUGUUCAAUUAAAGUAUCAAAA